AUGUUGACUACUCAAAAGGGCGUAUCUUUCGUCGUCCAAUUGUCGUCGCGAGCCAAGAGCUCCAUCGCACCGCGAUCGGUCCCUGUACUAAGUACGAUGCUACCACCUGGUACCUUCAAGGGCAAAAUAGCGCUUGUCACAGGUGGCGGCACAGGUUUGGGCAAAGGCAUUGCCACGAAGUUAUCAGAUCUUGGCGCGACAGUCGCGAUUCUGAGUCGUAAGCGGGAAGUCGUGGAAGCAACAGCGCAAGAGAUUCGAGCGCUUACGGGGAACAAGACAAUUGCACUCACUGGUGACGUCCGUGAUGCCGAGCAAGUGAAUAAGGCACUGGAUGAACUGGAUCAAGUGGCAGGCGUGCCAACAAUUGUGGUGAACAAUGCCGCGGGCAAUUUCAUCUCUCCUUUCGAGCGGCUCAAUGCCAAAGGCUUUGGCACAAUCGUCGAUAUUGUGCUGAAAGGCACGGCCAAUGUGACGCUGGAUGCGGGCAAGCGCAUGAUUGAGCACGGGCAGAACGGCGUGUUUCUGAACAUUACGACCACAUAUGCUGAGACGGGCUCGGGUUAUGUUGUGCCUUCUGCCGCAGCGAAAGCUGGCGUUAGCGCAAUGAUCAAGUCACUCGCGGUAGAGUGGGGCAAGUACGGCAUUCGCUUUGUAGGUAUUGCACCAGGCCCGAUCAAGACGAAAGGCGCGUUCGACCGACUUGAUCCAUCGGGAGCUUUUGAAAAAAUUAUGCUGCAGAACAACCCGCUCAAGCGCUUUGGAGAAGUAGACGAGCUGGCCAACUUGGCUUCGUACAUGACAAGCGACUAUGCCAGCUGGCUCAAUGGCGAGAUCAUUCGCUUUGACGGUGGUGAGACGGUUGCCAAUGCUGGCGAGUUCAACAUGUUUGGCUCAGUCAGCAAGGAGAAAUGGGACGACCUGGAAGCUGCGAUUCGUGAAUCCAACGCUAAGAGCAAGAAGUGA